AUGUCUAAUGAAGAAGUUGAUAAUGCCUGGGGUGAUCUUGUAAAUUUACCCGCAGACCCUCCUGAAAUGCGCCAAAUAUGUAUUUCAUGCGAGUGAGUAUUAUAUCCAACUUAUGAAUCUAUAUUUUAACAUAAAGGGAUAUUGGUAUUACUUGUUUUAAUUAUUAUUUUUAACUUUUAAAUAAUACAAAUAACAAGUAUUAUAAUAAUUAUAACUUAAAAACUAUUUAGUUUAUUUUAUUAAAAAAGUAAUUAUUUUAUUUUAAUUAAAAUAUCAAAAUCCAUUUAAUUGUUAAUUAUUAUUUAUCCAAUUAUACAGAAAUAUUUUCAUUUCAGACGACCAAGUAAUGUGUGCUGGUGUAAUUAUUUGCCUGAAACAAGGCUUAAGCCGAAAUGUAAAAUAAUCCUACUGCAACAUCCAGCCGAAGAAAAAAGAAAUCUUCGUACUGCUCCAAUAUUGACAUUAGGACUAGCAGAAGAAAGUUGUGCUGUUUAUAAAGGAAAAAAGUUUCCUACAAGAAAGUAAAUAUCUAUCAUUUAUAUGUUCAAUAACACUCAUUGGUGAUUUCUUAUAUUUUAAGAUAAAUUAAUAAAGCUGCUAAUAUAAUAGUUUAAGUGCUAAUCUAUUCAACUUCUUAAAAUUAUUGACUUAUAAUUAUUAAUUUGUAGAGGAAUAUAUUCUUGUAUAUUAAUAUAUAAUAAUACGUAAAUAAUUAAUAUAAUGACUUAUUAUUAAGCUUAGAGACUUCUAAUUUUAAAAAAACAUACAAAUAUGCUUUAUUAAACAACCAGAUAUGAACUAAAAUAUUAUGCCCUAAACAAAUGAUGUUCAUUAAAAUUGUGUAUUAAAACUUCAUUAUUAUUAUAAUUUUUCAUUAUUUAUGGUAUUUAUUUUUACCUUGUGUUUUGAAAUUAAUUUUUUGAGUUAUUUGUUAACUAAAUUGACUAAAUUACUAUAGUCUACUCAUUUAUGCUAUCGCACAUCAGUGUGUAUUAAUUUGAACAAUGUAAAUUAAAUAAAGCGUGUAUAAUACCCGGCAUAAUAAAAUAUGGGUGUAUGUCAGAGAUCACCAAUUAAUAUUUUUGAUGGGCCACAUUAGGAAUCUGGAAUUUUUUCGAGUCAUCAAAAUUCUAAGUACAUAUUUUUAACAUAUAAGAGGACAUAUGUAUUAUUAUAAAAUUGGAAAUAAUGAGAAUAUAUUUUUUAUUGUUAUUUAUUUAUUAUUUGCUAUUGCUUAUAAACAUUAGGAACAUAGUUAAUGUUAAAAAUAUUUGAGACAAUGUAAAAUUAACAUAAUAAACAUACCUAAAUAUAAUAAAAAAUAUAAAAUGUUUAGUGGAAUAAAUAAUAAAUCUUGCUCAAAAAUAAGAAAUUACAAUUCCAAUAUUAUAUUUUUCGUUUUUUCCCUACUUGUCCGCGUACUGUAUGUGGCCUCUGGUGUAUGCCCUUUUAUAUCACUUAAAAGGUAUUUAAAUACCUUAAAAAUAGGCUCUAAAAAUUAAAAACUAAAAUAUGCAAGUAUAUAACAAUAAUAUUUUGAAUUUAGAUUAUUUACAUGAUGAACAAUAUUUUUGUUUGAUUCUGCUAUUUUUAUUAUCUUUUAAAAACAAUAUGCAACUGCUAGAAGCCUCUAAUCCUAUUUAUUAUUGAUUAUGUAAAAAAUUAUAUAAUAUUUAUAUUUUACAUGUGUGCUGCAAUUGAUAAAAAAAAUUAAGUAAAUAAAAUUAUUUUCUAUUAAUUGAUCCAAUGUAUACUUUAUGAAUUUGAAAACCUGAUAAAUAAAAUUUUAUUUAUUCUCAAAAUUAGCAUUAUCAAGAAUUCAUGGUUAAUUUUUGUAAUGCUAUCAUGGACUAAAAUAUAUUAUAUUUUAUCAUUAAACUAUCAGUUUUUAACACUUAAGCAACACAAACAAUUAACAAUUAUUUUGUAUAUUUGUUGGUAAAAACAAAAUGUGCUAGCGUACAAAUUACUUUUAUAAUAUUUGUUUUUUCCAGGCAAGUUGGUCUUUGGGAUAUUCUAUCUUCUAAACACUCUGUAUUAUUGUAUCCUUCUCAAAAAGCAAUAGAUAUAAAUGAUUUACCAAAAGAAACACAAAUUUCCAAUCUAGUUAUUCUCGACGGUACUUGGCCACAAGCAAAAGCUAUUUACAAUAAUACUAAAUUGCUCCAGUCAAUGAUUCAUGUUAGUAUAUAUAUAAACUAUUAAAUUAGUUCAGAAUUUAUUAUGUAUAUUACUAAAAACAAUAUAAUGUUUUGUGUGAUUUAUUGUAAGUCAUGCAACUUAAAAAUCUGAAAAAUGUCUAAUGUAAUAAUGUUUAACUCAUAUUUUUACUUCAAUAGAUUUAUAAGGCAGUAGCCCUAGAACUUUAUUCUGGGUAAAAAUGAGAUGUCCUUAUUUUAUAUUAUGCAUUCAAUUUUCUUAAAACAUAUCAUUUUUAAAAUCUUAAUAUAUCAUUAUAUAUAGAUUUUUAUUUUAGGUGAAAUUGGUACAUAAAUUUGAAAGUCAUUAUAUUAUUAGGACUCAACCAACAGAUGGAUGUCUUUCUACUUUAGAAACUGCUGCUGAAGCAUUAACAAUAUUAGAAAAUGAUGAAUUAUACAAAAAUGCAUUGCUUAAACCACUGAAUGCUUUAUGUAGUUUUCAACUUGAACACGGCGCAGUAACACAUCAAAGCAAAGAGUUUAAAAAACAAAAUCAAACUAAUCCGAAGCUAAUAGCACGACGACUUCGACAACAAUUAGAUAGUGUUCACUAA